UUCUUGCCAAAUUUUUUCUCUAUAAAUACAUUUUCGCAUUUAAAAGUUACACUUUUCCUCUAUAAGCAUUAACAAUACGAGGUUCAUCAAUAUAAUAAUUAUCAAAUUAUUCAUAUUUUUUUAUAAUCGUUAUCGGUAAUUGAUAUAGAUCACAUGAUGUUUCCUCUAAAAAAUUUAUUAUUUAUUUCUGAUUGAAGUUUCUUGUUGUAAUUUUUAUUUUCGUAUUACAUUUGAUUCUAUCAUGUCUUAUGAAGAAGAGAGUGCUGCUUAUAACUCUAAUUAUGUAGUUGGAUCAUAUAAUAAAGAUUUUGAAUAUGGAUCUGAUGAACCUGAUGCUGAAUUUCAUGGUUCUGAUUCUGAAGAUCAGAAACCCAGGAUUUUGCUCAUGGGUCUAAGAAGGAGUGGCAAAUCAUCGAUUCAGAAAGUAGUUUUUCAUAAAAUGUCGCCAAAUGAGACAUUAUUCCUAGAGAGUACAAACAAAAUUGUAAAAGAUGAUGUUUCCAAUAGUUCAUUUGUCCAAUUCCAAAUUUGGGAUUUCCCAGGUCAAAUAGAUUUUUUUGACCAAACAUUUGAUUCAGAUAUGAUAUUUGGUGGGAGUGGAGCACUUGUGUUUGUUAUAGAUGCUCAGGAUGAAUACAUGGAAGCCUUGGAUAGGCUGAAAAUGACAGUUGCUCGUGCUCAGAAGGUGAAUCCAGAAAUAAAAUUUGAAGUUUUCAUUCACAAAGUUGACGGACUCUCUGAUGACCAUAAAAUAGAAACCCAAAGAGAUAUUCAUCAACGAGCCCACGAUGAUUUAAUUGAUGCUGGGUUAGAUAAUGUUAAUUUAAGUUUCUACCUUACAAGUAUAUAUGAUCAUUCAAUAUUUGAAGCUUUUAGCAAAGUUGUCCAGAAAUUAAUCCCACAGUUACCUGCUUUAGAAAAUCUCCUUAACAUAUUUAUUACUAAUAGUGCUAUUGAGAAGGCAUUUUUGUUUGAUGUUAUCAGUAAAAUCUACAUAGCUACUGACAGUACUCCUGUAGAUAUGCAGUCAUAUGAGCUCUGUUGUGACAUGAUUGAUGUUGUAAUAGAUAUUUCAUGUAUCUAUGGCUUAAAAGAAGAUGAAAGUAGUGCAUUCAACUCAAAGUCUUCGAAUAUAAUAAAACUAAAUAACAGUACAGUUCUAUAUCUAAGAGAAGUAAACAGAUUUUUAGCAUUAGUGUGUAUUUUAAGGGAAGACAACUUUAAUAGACAAGCACUUAUAGAUUAUAAUUUUCAUUGCUUUAGACAAGCUAUACAAGAUGUUUUUGAUGUACGUUUUAAGACUCCAAAAUCAUCAGGUACAAUGUCUCGUACACACUCUACUGUGGAAAGUGUAUUAACUAAUGGUUAUGGAGACCAACAAUAAAGAGUGCCAUAUUAUUGUAUUAGUUAAUGUGAAUGAAUUAUGAUUUAGGUAUUUAUAAGACAUAUUUUGGACCUUAAAUAUUAUCAAAAUUUAAUCACAUUCUAGUCUUCUGUUAUCGACUUAUCAUAUCCUAUUUUAUGUAUCUGUUAUUCUAUCUGGUAAAAGUUGAGAAGUUACUUAUUUUUCAUUUGAUUUACAGUACGAAAAUUAAAUUAGUUCAUGUCCGUUCUUUUUUAUAUGGUUGACAGAAUUGUGUAUGUUUGAGACUAAUUUUAUUGUUUAUAAUUAUUUUUAAAUAUAUUUGUUUAUGAUUAUUGCAGUAAUGUUUUUCUUUCUUUUUUUUUUGGCAUUUUGCCAUUAGUGGCUUUGUAUAUAGACAAAUCUGCAUGUGUAUAAUUUCCUUCUGUAAAAUUGUCCUAUUGAUCAAUGCUAAUUGCAAACCUAAUUGAAUGUCACAAUUUACGCUCAUGUAUAAAGAUUCUGUAUCAAUUGUGCAUAUCUGUGUCAAACUUUGUUAUAUUUUUGUGCGCUCUGAUCUUGUAUAAAAUGUUUUUAACUUAUGACUUGUAUAUAACAUUACUUUCUCAUAAAAUGGCAAAAUAUUAUAUUAAGCAAACAAUAAAUAAAUUUAUAUUGUU